AUGAGCUUUGCACCUCCUCCACCACCAGUUUUUGUUGGAGAUAACUACCACAUUUGGAGUGUAGUUGAAAGUGAUGUUGAGCCACCACCACUGAGAGCUAAUCCUACCAUUGCUCAGAUUAGGCAGCAUGGUGAGGAACGAGCCAAGAAGCACAAAGCCAUGGCCUGUUUACAAAAUAGUGUGUCUGAUGUGAUCUUCACUCGCAUUAUGACCUGUGGCUCUCCUAAGCAAGCUUGGGACAGACUGAAGGAAGAGUUUAUGGGAUCAGACAAGACCAGGCAGCAACAAGUCAUUAAUCUUAGAAGGGAGUUUGAAAAUUUAAAAAUGAAGGAGUCUGAAUCUAUCAAGCAAUAUUCUGAUAGAAUCAUGGCUAUUGUCAAUAAUAUCAUACUUCUUGGAGAGGAUUUCAGUGAUAACAGGGUUGUUGAGAAAGUGAUCACCACCCUUCCUGAGAGAUUUGAAUAA